AUGGCGGCCUCCUGGUCGCUUGUGGUUACUCUGCGUUCUUUAGCUCAGAGCCCGCUGAGAGUGAGAUGUGUUGGGUGCGGGGUCUGGGCUGCCGCUCUCGCUCCUCUGGCCACCGCCCCUGGGAAGCCCCUGUGGAAAGCCUAUACAGUUCAGACACCUGAGAGUAUGACCCCAACUGCUGCUUCAGAGACUUAUUUGAAAGCUUUGGCUGUUUGCCAUGGACCUCUGGACCACUAUGACUUUCUGAUCAAAGCUCACGAGCUAAAGGAUGAUGAACAUCAAAGAAGAGUCAUACAGUGUUUGCAGAAAUUACAUGAGGACCUUAAAGGAUACAGUAUAGAGGCAGAAGGCCUUUUUUCAAAGCUUUUUUCAAGGAGCAAACCUCCAAGGGGCCUGUAUGUUUAUGGAGAUGUUGGUACAGGGAAAACAAUGGUGAUGGACAUGUUUUAUGCUUAUGUGGAAGUGAAGAGGAAAAAACGGGUUCAUUUUCAUGGUUUCAUGCUAGAUGUGCACAAAAGAAUACAUCGCCUUAAACAGAGUUUGCCAAAAAGGAAACCAGGAUUAAUGGCUAAAUCUUAUGACCCAAUAGCUCCCAUAGCUGAAGAAAUCAGUGAAGAAGCAUGUCUCUUGUGUUUCGAUGAAUUUCAGGUCACUGACAUUGCUGAUGCCAUGAUUCUGAAACAGCUUUUUGAAAAUCUGUUCAAAAACGGGGUCGUCGUUGUGGCAACAUCCAACAGGCCACCAGAAGAUCUCUAUAAAAAUGGACUCCAAAGAGCUAACUUUGUACCAUUCAUAGCUGUCCUGAAGUGUUUUUGCCACAUGGUGAUAGAUUCUAAUAUCAAUUAUCUUAUCUAAGAUUGCCCAGCAAGUGGCAGACUGUUUUAUCUCACAAGUGAAGCUGAUGUGGAGGCUGUCAUGGAUAAGUUGUUUGAUGAGCUGGCUCAGAAACAAAAUGAUUUAACUAGACCAAGGAUUCUAAAAGUGCAAGGCAGAGAGCUGCGGCUGAAUAAAGCCUGUGGAACCGUUGCCGACUGCACAUUUGAAGAGCUGUGUGAGAGACCACUUGGAGCCAGUGACUAUUUGGAAAUAUCCAAGAAUUUUGACACGAUAUUUUUACGAAACAUUCCACAAUUUACGCUGGCAAAGAGGACUCAAGCUCGAAGAUUCAUAACCCUCAUUGAUAACUUUUAUGAUUUCAAGGUGCGCAUAAUUUGCUCUGCGUCAACUCCUAUAUCAAGCUUAUUUUUGCAUCAACAUCAUGACAGUGAGUUGGAGCAAAGCAGAAUACUGAUGGAUGAUUUGGGGCUGAGCCAGGACUCAGCAGGACUCUCCAUGUUUACCGGAGAAGAGGAAAUCUUCGCGUUUCAGCGCACGAUUUCCCGACUCACAGAAAUGCAGACUGAACAGUACUGGAACGAAGGGGACAGAACCAAGAAGUAA